GGGGUGGGUGGCCUGACAUUUAAUCUCGACUUGUCACGACGACGCAUAAGUUGGCGUUUAGGAACUUACUGCUGGCGAGUAGUACUGGUCAUUGUGCUGCUGUCAUCGCUGACAGUCUGGACCAUGGGAACCCACGGCAACCGCAGUAGCCUCCUUCGCGCCAUACUCUCCUCUCUCCUCCUCGUCUCCUCCUCAUUCCUCGUGUGCGCUCAGGACAAGCUAAACCCGCCGUUCGUUAAGGCGCCCAUAACGGACACGCAAUGGCACAAGGGCAGCGCGACAUUCUACGGAAACGAGAUGCUGCAGGGCAACUCGGGCAACUGCGGCUUCCCGUACCGCUUCGUCGACAACGUCACGCAGGUCGCCGUGCCCGACCCGCGCUGGUCGCAGUCGCUCACUAAGGGCGUCGAGGGCUUUAAGGGUGCGGCGUGCGGGCAGUGCUACGAGGUGAAGUGUCUGCGCACGGCGCGGUACGGCAACAAGGUGCACUGCACGUCGGACAAGGCGACGCGCGUGGUGAUCACCAACUUCGACACGCCGCGGUCCGAGGGGUGGCCCAACAACCACUUCGACUUCCACAGCACGGGUUUCAAGCGCAUCGCCGCGCUCGAGGCGGGCAUCGUGAACGUGCAGUGGCGCCGCGUGCCGUGCCCCGGCAGCACGGCCAAGUUCACAGUGAAGGGCAACCCGUACUGGCAUGACAUCACCGUGUACGACGUGCCGCGCGUCGGCGCCAUCACGGCCGUGUGGGUGCAGGUGGCGGGCAGCGGCGAGUGGAAGAAGGCGCGGCACAGCUGGGGCGCGCACUACUUCCUCAGCGGCAAGGUGGAGUGGGACAAGGCGGGCACGCGGGUGCGCGCGCAGAUGGCGGAGACGCGCGAGUUCAUCUACCCCAAGCGCGUGCAGGCCGCGUGAAGAAGGCGGGCGGUGCGCGGUGCUGCGCUGCGCGGCGGACGAUUGGGCAAGUGAAUAACGGGGUCGGCUCCGUGGCCUCGGUGAGACUCACGCUGCAGGCACGCUGAGGCCUCGACACGGGAGGAACACCCUUGGACCGCAGUAGUACGCUGGUGGAGAGUGGCGAAGCUCAGUGCGUGGUGGAGGAAAGUCUUAGACAUACUGUGACCGUUGCCGUGGGCUGUAGCUGUUCACUAAUAGACUAACAGGAUUUGGGAAUUGUGUAACCUGUCGCGGGUUUGUGGAUCAUGGCGUUCUUGGCCGCAUGGCUGGUACGUUCUGAGACGCUCUGCUGUCCUUGGGACAGACGGAGCGAAGUUGCUAGUCCUUAUACGAAUGUACUUGUAUUCGUGAAAUAAUGUUCG